AUGUUCGACGUAACCUGGAAGCGGCUGCUAUGGAUCACUGUAUACUUGGUGAUCAUCCUAGUGCAGACAAGCAAUGCGGUGGGGUUCUACAUUCCGGGGGUUGCCCCCGUGGAUUAUCCGCAGGGUGCUGCGCUCACCAUUAAGACGACGAAACUUGUUUCCAGCAAGUCAGUGCUGCCGUACAACUACUAUUCACUGCCGUUCUGUCGUCCAAAGAAACUUAAGAAGUAUCCUGAAAACCUUGGGGAAUUGUUAUCUGGAGCCCGCAUCUACUCAACGCCGUUUGAGGUGCGCAUGCUCGAGGACAAGACCUGCGCCGUGCUUUGCAGGCGGCGUUUGCGCGAGCGUGACGCAAAUAUUCUCGCACAACGCAUCCGUCAGGAGUACCGCGUCUUGCUUCAGCUGGAUAACUUGCCCGUAGGAGAACCUAUCUACGGUGAGGGGCAGAAAAUCGGGAUCGAGCGUGGCUACCCCCUCGGGGUCGCAGACGCAGCGGGUACGUACCUUAACAACCACCUUUCGUUCAAGAUCUAUUACCAUAGGCCAAGCGGAGGUCUGAAAAUUCCGACGAAAGGCUAUCGCAUUGUCGGAUUUGAGGUUGCAGCGCUGUCUAUUCAACAUAGCGAGGCUGCGAACUCUGACUCGCGGAAACCGAACACAACGCUGCUAUCGACGUGCUCAACCGCCACGGGACCCGACGUGAACGCGCCUCGGCAAGUGGUAGAGCCGGGCGCAGAUGUCUUCUACACGUACGAUGUGGAGUUUAGUGAGAGCGCCGUGGCUUGGGGCUCUCGCUGGGAUAUUUAUCUGCAACAGCCACCUACCGCCUCGUCGAUACACUGGUUCAGCAUCUUGAAUUCGUCGCUAAUUGUGGUUUUUCUUGCUGCCACAGUGUUCAUGAUCCUUCUGAGGACCUUGCGCCAAGAUCUUUUGCGAUACAAUAGCGCGGCCGAUGGCGAGGAAGCGGACGAGGAGGAGUACGGCUGGAAGCUCGUUCACGGGGAUGUAUUUCGGGCUCCGCGGAAUCUGAACAUUUUCGCCGUCCUUGUGGGCAGCGGCGCUCAGCUUCUUGGAAUGCUUGUUGUCGUACUCGUUAUUGCGAUGGCCGGCUUUUUGUCACCGGCAAACCGGGGCGGUCUCGUAACCGCGAUGGUCAUGCUUUGGCUGGUUAUGGCAUUUCCGGGCGGCUACGUUGCUGCCCGCAUCUACAAAUCCUAUCGUGGCACCAUGCCGAAACGGGUGACGCUCUCAACGGCGAUCCUCUUUCCGGGUAUAUGUUUCGCAACGUUUUUUGGCCUGAACCUGCUUCUGUGGAUGCUGCAGUCUUCAGCGGCGGUCCCGUUCGUAACGCUUCUGUACAUGUUUGUCCUUUGGUUUGGGAUAUCUAUACCGAUGGCGUUUUUGGGUUCGUAUUUGGGGUACAGGAAGCCAGCGAUUGAUUUCCCCUGUCGGACGAAUUUGAUUCCACGGCAGAUCCCACAGUUACCGCUCUACGCACGCACCUGGGUGGGAAUGUUGGUAGGCGGUUUGCUCCCGUUCGGUAGCCUUUUCCUCUCGCUGUUCUUCAUUCUGAAUUCAGUACUCUUCCAGCGCUACUACUACUUUUUCGGUUUUCUGACAGCAUCGUUUUUCAUUUUGCUGUUGACGACAGCUCUGAACAGCAUGAUUUUUGUAUACAUUCGACUUUCGUCAGAAGACUGGCGUUGGCCGUGGUACUCUUUCAUGGUAUCUUCUAGCACUGGAGGCUACGUUUUUCUCUAUUCUGUGUUAUAUUUGUGGAAAAAACACGAAAUUGACGGCGAAACAGCAAUUUCUUGCUUGCUCUUUGUUGUCUAUGCGGCCAUCGCCUCAUCCUUUAUCGGUGUGGCGCUCGGUGCCGUUGGCUUCCUCGCAGCGCUCGGGUUUGUGCGACGAAUAUACUUGUCUGUGAAGCUUGACUAG